AUAACCGAAGAUUUAUAAUUUUAAAUGCAAAUCAAUUUUAUCCAAAUUGAAUGCACCCUCCCCUAAGACUUGAAAAGCAGAACAAUAUAAUUGUUUUGACUUAUAGAUUCGAAUAACCAAAAACUCAACCAAAAAAUUAAAGAAAAUGUAAAUCCUACAAAACAAGGGGGCAUGUAAAGAAAUAAAAAACAAUUCGACAAUUAACUGCUAAAGAAACCGCAAAGCAAUUAGCGACUCCACGAAUCAAACUAACUUCUUCACUCCUACUACAUAACUCCCACUCUUCCCCAUUUUUUCUCUCUUUUCUUUGGACGAUGAAUAACAAUUUAGACUUGGAUCUCAAUUUGAAUCCCCCAUCGGCUCCCUCCAAUGUAACCCCCCCAAGUCACAACCAAACCCCGAGAAGAAAACGCACUAGAAGAACCUCCAACAACGAAGCCACUUCUUCAUCCUCUUCAAGGCGUAAACCUGACCCUAAUGCUCCCUUAAUCACAGAACCAUGCAAAGUAUGUGGCAAAAAGUUCUGGUCUUCCAAGGCACUCCAUGGACACAUGAGAUCUCACCCUGAGCGUCAAUGGCGUGGCAUCAACCCUCCUCCUAACCACCAACCAACAGCACCGCCGGUUUCUGUUACAGCGGAAGAAGGUCAAGUGUUAGCUAAUGCCUCCACGACCGGUUCAAGUGUAGGAGUUGAAGGACGGUUCGAGUGUGAAGGUUGUAAGAAAGUGUUUGAGUCACGUCAAGCGUUAGAUGGACAUUUAUGUUCCGCCAUUUUAAACUUAAACAUAGAUCCACCUCCUCCUUCUACUCCUCAAGAGAUCGUUGAUGAAGAUGAUAAGAGUAAGAGUGUGAUGGUUGUGUCAGGGAUGAAUCAUCGGUGUGACAUCUGUUCGAAAGCGUUUUCUAGUGGUCAAGCUUUGGGUGGUCACAUGAGGCGUCAUUGGCAUAAGGAUCGAAAGGAGAAGAAACAAGCUUCGACUGGUAUCGAUCUCAAUGUUCCUGCGUCGACCAACUUGCCCGGUUCUUCUUCAGACACAUUGCCAGAGUCUUCUUUGGAUCUUAGGUUACGACUCUGACAUUAUAAUAUAUAUAAUGGGUAUUGGUUUCUUUCUCUUUACGAAACUCUAUUUUAUGUGUGCGCACGAUUUGUAUGAUGAAUUUAUACGAUUGGGGGUAUUGUAAUAUUCUAUUUUAAACUUAUUUGUUGACGGUGAAAUUGCAUUAUAGGAUAUAUGUGUUUGGUAAUAUUCAAUAUAAAUGUGAAAGUUAGCUUUUUUUUUGUUAAGUCCAUCAGUUUUCAUAAUCGUUAGAUCUUUAUGUUUCUCUGUCUAAGGAAUGUUAUAUUCUUGUUAUGUUUUUUAACUGAAACUUUACCUUAUCGAAUGUUGUAUCCUAAUAAUUGCAUUACAAGAGAUAUGGAAAUGUAGAUUCACAAAAAAGCCAACUUUAUUUUCAAUCUAAUUUUUACAGAGGUGCUCGUUACAGUUCCAUUUACAUAUAGAAGUUGUUAUUGUUAGUGAAAUAAUGAGGGGAAUAUUAUUAAGUGAAAUAGAAAUGAGUUCAUUCAAUUCAAUUCUCCCAAAUAACUAGGCCUACAAAUAACAUGAGAGGAAUUUUUCUCUCCAACAUUAGUUAAUUUUGUUCUAAGAAAUUAGUUAUUUUUCAGUGAAUAUAGUAAAAUUACUUCUAUUAUUUUCUCACAAUUUCAGUUAAAAAUGGUGAAACCUUAGAGAAAUAUCUAAUUCUACGUACUAACUUGUAACCUUAAUUGUUAGGAUCUCAACGAAACUUUGUUAUGUUAGCUUUCUAAUUUUUCUCAAAAUACGGUCAUGACUAAGCUUCAAUUAUAUUAUUCAGCGACAUAUGUUAAAAACGACAUAUAUAAAAAUAAAAUAUUUUAUUCGCUGCUAUAUUUGUCUAGUCCGAUUGCUGCUGGAGUAUCGUUGAGGUUGAUGCAGGCUGAGAGUAAUGGAGUUCCUAUGGCCCAUUUGCUCUCUUCUGGACAGGAAAUUUCUCGCGUGCUUGUAAAAUUGAAGGGAAACUCCUCAGAGGUGGUUAGUAAGAAACCACCAAAGUGGCGAGAUGAAAACAGCCGUGUAGAAUUGUCAAGGCGCAAAUGUUAACCUGAAGAGGAAUGAACAUCUUCACAAGUUGUAUCACUGCUUUAGAAUUAUGUUUUUGUUUUUGCUAAAAGUAAUUUUUUUUUGCUAACUAGGUAUUUAUUUACUGUACACAUAUUUCUAUACAUCCGCAAAUAAAUACCUAUUUACCAAAAACAUAUUUUUUCUUCUGUAGAUCAGGCUUUUGUCUAAUCCUCGUUAUAAUAUUUUUUGAACCCAAUGUAUAACAAAAUGACCCAAACUUUUAUAAUAAUUAUACUAUUAACUGGAAAAAAACGAUUAAGUGAAAGCAUUAUAAUUUCAUUGACUGAUUAAUUCACAUUGGUGACUCGAAUAAUUUUGGUUUAAGAUGUCUAGUCAUACAAAACUCGUCAUUAAACCUCUCUAAACUUGCUGAGGUUAAUGCAUGAUUGACUUCUCUAAACCAUUUUAAUUACAAUUUUCUCAAUCUCGGGUUGUCUUAGUCUAUCAUAUGGUUAUUCUAAUCAAAACUCACUGGAUUGUUAUCCUCUAAUUUCAGUUAGGUUCCCAACUCUUUUGUUAAAUAUUAUAUUGUAUGGUUUAAGUAAUAUAUGUCGUUUGUUACACAAAAUUACUUAAUAUGUAAUUCCAAUCUAAAAAUUACAUGUUAUAUUAUUUAUGGAUUAGAAUUUAUGUUUAUAGACGUUUAGAUUUAUUUUAGGGUCUAGUGUCAAUUUUUCAAGAUCAAAAUAUCGGAUAAGUUUCGAUAUCUCUUAACACUUGAGUAAAUCAUUUUCAAAAAAAAAGAAUACACCAAAUAAAUAUAGAGAAAUUGCACUGGGUAUACAAACAUAACCUGUAUAUUUGCAUGGAUGGAUUUUCGUCUUUAUGUAUGACAUGUUUUUUUUUAAUGUCUACACUGUCCCUAUUCCUACAUCGCAACCUAAUAUCUAAUACAUUUUGAAAACCCUAUAUUUUAUUUAUCCGUGUGAAGUGAGAGAGACUUUGGUCAUCAUUACAAUCUAUACACGAGAUUUCAGAAUUAUUUUCUCAUCUCUCCCAGACUCUUUGUUUUCUCCGCAGUUUCGAUUAUACUCUCUCUCAAUCUCUUUGAUUUCUCCGUUAGAACCAAUGUCCACAUAGAAUCUUACAUCUCUCUCAUUCUUUCUAAGUUUUUCCUACAAUACCUUAGCGACGAUACCGGCUUCAAUCAAUUACAAUCAUCUAUUAAAAUCCAUCGGAAUCGUUGCUCCAAAACAAUCUCAUACUCGCCGGAAUCUCACUGUAUUCAAUUAUCUCCUAUUCGAUUAUCAUGUCACUAAUUGAUGCUAUUGUUUUGUUUGAUGAGUACGUGAUGAUGAUGGCUGCUGGAUAUCAUUUUUUGGAACCACCAAUGAACUGAACAGUCGCAAACCCCCUCAAAAGCACCAAUGCAAAUUAUGUGUAUACGGGAAUCAAAAGAGUAGUGUAUGUGAGCUUCUUCGAACAGUAGAUAGGAGCUGCGUCUGGACGCAAAAAUAGUGCUUAGUCUUGGUGAUUCUUUACGAGCAAAUGCUAUUAACUUAGCUAUGAUUUACUGUUAGACUGUUAACAUAUGUAAUAGCCUAGAAAUCCAAUGUUAGAUGGCUAACAAUUUUAAUAGCAUAUAAUCAUUUAUCUGUUUAUGUAUCUUUGAAUAAUAUUGUCGCUCUACUAGCCUGUUUAGUGA